AUGCAUCAACUAGGACAUAUUUCACAAAAUCUAAUGAUUAUUCUUGGUAUGAUUAUGUAUAUAUUCGGAACAAUUGGAAAUAUUUUUAAUAUUCUAAUAUUUUUACGUUGGUCUCGAUUACAAAAAAAAUCUCAAGGAAAAUGUAAUAGUUCAUUAUAUUUAUUUGUAUCAUCUGUAUCAAAUUUAAUUAUUAUUAUUUAUCCUCUAUUAACUCGUAUUAUAUUUGAUGGUUUUGAAUAUUCGGUAACAAAAGAAACUGUUUUUAUUUUAUGUAAAUUUCGUUAUUAUAUUUUACAUACAUUUGAUUUAAUAUCAUUAACAUGUAUAUGUCUAGCAACACUUGAUAGAUAUUUAAUAUCAUCAAGAAAAGUACGUUUAAGACAAAAGAUUAUAAUUAGAAAACGAGCAGAACAAUUAAUUUUAUUUAUUAUUAUUUUGAUUGCUUUUUAUUGUAUUCCAAUAGCUAUAUUUUUUGAUGUUUCAAAUAAUGGUCGUUGUGCGAUUUAUUCACCAAAAUUUUUAUAUUAUUAUUUUUGGAUAUUUCAAAUAUGUCUUCAUAGUAUUAUACCAAUUAUAUUUCUUACAAUAUUAGGUACAUUAACAUAUAAACAAUUAAGAAAAAUGAAACGAACAAAACGAAUUAGAACAUUAAAUAGUGAUAAGCAACUUUCUCGAAUGUUAUUAUUAAUGUGCAUAGCUAUAGUUUUAUCAUCAAUACCAUAUUGUAUUGAACAUAUAUAUUUUGUCAUGACACCAAAUGAUCCUUUAGAACGAACUUCAUAUAUAUUUCUCUAUCAUGUUAUUACAUCAAUUUUAUUCUAUACAAAUCCAGUAACUAGUUUUUAUGUAUUCUUUAUUUCAACACCGAACUUUCGAAGACAUAUUCGACAAUUAAUAUUUGGUAAGAGCCAUACUCAUCGUUUUGAUUGUGAAACAUUUAGUAUGAUAAAUCCUGCAUCUACUUUACAUGAAUAA